AUGUUCCUAGCAGACAUCAGCCGCCAAAGCUUCAAGCCCUCAUUCACCUGCCCCACUCGACAAUGCCCAUCAAUUAAGGAAGUAAAGAUUAAGACCUAUGUCAGUAUUAGAUAUUCAAUUUCUUCCAAUCCUUCAUAUGUGCAGAAAGACUGGAGAGAAAAGGGCAUUGUAAGCCCAAUUAAAGAUCAGGGGCACUGUGGAUCUUGCUGGACUUUCAGUAUCACUGGAGCUCUUAAGGCUGCUUAUCACCAAGCAUUCGGGAAACAAAUCUCUCUGUCUGAGCAGCAGCUCGUGGACUGCGCUGGGGCUUUCAACAACUUUGGAUGUAGUGGUGGACUGCCAUCCCAAGCCUUCGAGUACUUCAAGUACAAUGGUGGCCUUGAUACCGAGGAAGCAUAUCCUUAUACCGCAGAGGAUGGUACCUGCAAAUUCUCGGCCGACUCUCUUAACAUCACCUUGGGUGCUGAGGAUGAACUAAAGCAUGCAGCUGCCGUGAUCCGGCCAGUGAGUGCAGCAUUCCAGGUCGUGAGAGAGUUCAGAUUCUACAAGUUGGGUGUCUACACAAGCGAUACAUGUGGUAGCACUUCCAUGGAUGUGAACCAUGCUGUUCUCGCUGUUGGUUAUGGAGUUGAAGAUGGUGUUCCGUUCUGGCUCAUCAAGAAUUCCUGGGGAGCAGACUGGGGUGACCACGGAUACUUCAAGAUGGAGAUGGGAAAGAACAUGUGUGGAGUCGCUACUUGUGCAUCAUACCCUGUGGUGGCCUAGAUUGUUUCCAGAGGAUCAAUGGGUUCGUGUGUCAGGUAAUUCGAGAUAUAUAUAUUUCGCAUGAAGAAUUGCUCCGCCCUGAGUUGGAGUGCUAUAAUGUUAGCACAAAAGGGUUUAGCUCAGUGCAAAAAAUAAUCUUCAGGACAGCUGCAACUCCGUAUGGUUAUUGUUAUAUGAACAAAGACCUUGUAAAUACCUUUCUAUGUUUGUGUGGCAUGGAACGCUCUCUUUGCAAGAAUAACGCAUCAAAUUCCCACCGACGCUGUGUUUCUGGGAAAGGAAGAAACGUAUUGCUUACAUUCAUUAUGAA